CAGCGAGUUGUUGGCUGUGUGCGAGUUGUUGGCUGUGUACAUGUAAAGAUGGACGACCCUGCAGACGGAGUUGUCUUCCGACCAAAGCCCACCCCUAGAGGCCUUCUCUCCGCCUUGCUGGACUCGUCAGAAGAUGAGGGCGACGGUGGAGUGCCCAGCCGGCCGGCCAGGAGCAUCGACAAGACGGCAAGAGAUCAGCUGAGCUUCGACUCCGAGGAAACCCUCUACACCAACGUGUCUGCUGCAUUAAACGGGACUGGGGUACCUAGAACUGACGCUAAACUGUAUGAAAGUGCCAACAAUUCACCGUCGAAAAAAAUUGCGCAGCUUGAGAAGUCGAACUCUUUUGGAUUUGGAAAUAUUAACAGUCCAUCUGACCACUCGAAUGGUUUGAGCGAUUCCUUCAAUCAACGGUUGACACAGAAAGUACCUCCCUGGUUUUGGGUAGAUUUAUCCAGAUCAGCCACUGAAGAAAAGCUAAAGGAGCUGCCAGAUGGAUCUUUCCUUGUGAGGAACUCUUCCACAACAGUUGGAGAAUUCACAUUAACUGUCAGGCAAGAUGGACAGUGCAAAAGUUUGAAAAUACUGUCCCAUGGUGGACGUUAUGGGCUGAGGAAAAAUGAAUGCACCUUUGAUUCCCUGACAGAGCUAGUGGAGUACUACAGCAGACACACACUGGCAGAUUUCAACAAAAACCUCACCACAAAGCUAGUCUAUCCUGUCACCAAGCCGUCCAUACGAAGAGUGCAUGUUUAUGAUGCCUUAUCUCACCUCGCAAACCUGGGCAGAUGUUUACAGAAAAUGAAAAUAGAGUAUGCACUUCUGCAAAAAAAGCAAUUUGACUCUAAUCAUGAACUAAUGCAGGCACAGAUGGAAGCCAAAGCGUUGGAUGCGGCCAAAGAAAUGUUUGACAAUUUCAUCAACACCAGCCACAACAGUGAAGAUGAAAUGGACGAGUUAGGGAAAUUAAGUGAUGACAAAAAGAACAUGUUGAAAACCAACUCACUAAUGGCAGCCAAAAAACAAAUGAUGAUAUGUGAACAAGCGCAGAAGGCCUGGAACACUGUGAAGAGCAAGGAUAGUGAACAAAUACUUCUGCUACAAAACUUGAACGCAUACGUGUCAGAUCUGAUGGACAAAGAGGAGCAGUGUGCUUGUUUUAGAGAACAAGUUUUGGAAUGUGGAGCCAAACCCGAGGUUGUGGAAUGUAUCCUAAAUGAAGACACUGAGAACAUCUCCUGGAGACAAGACCAAUGGCUGGUCAGUUGUUCCAGAGAGGAAGCAAUAAAUCUGCUGACAGAGAGGGAUGUGGGCACCUUCCUCAUCAGACCAAAGGAUGACGUGCAAAAACCAUAUGCACUUUCUAUCGUAUGCAGCAUUGAAGACAGUGCCACAGAGGUGAAACACUGCGUCAUCUACCAUCCCACAGGUAGAGGCUACGGGUUCCGUGCAGAUGGUGCUGUGUUCGAAUCCCUGGAUGAACUAGUAUCCAAACACGCUUGCACAUCCAUCAAAAUCUACUUCUCACACAUGGACACUUGUUUAGCCUACCCUGUUUUUGAGGGCCGACAAAACACAGAAACAUUUGUGUGAAGGCUAAACACAGAAACAUUUGUGUGAAGGCUAAACACAGAAACAUUUGUGUUUAUCUAAUUUGUUCAGCCCUCUUUCAAUUACCUACACUCACUGUUGAUUUGUUUAAAAUUACUGAUAUUAUAAAAAUCAAUUAAAUAUAUUUGUAACUGUUGAAAUUAUAUUUGUGCCAUUCACAUUUGAAGGGUUGUGGUUCUGAGAGGGAGGUGCUCUGUAGGCUGUUGUCAUCAUAUAAUGAUCAGCCAGUUGUUUCUACAUUGAUGUAGAAUUUACAAGUACAAGUGGCUGUUUAGACAACUUUGUUUUACAGUUUACAAAACUGUAAAGUUUACAAAUGUUGACAUAAAUUUAAUGACUCUAAAGUUUAAAGAUGCUGACUGAAAUGACUCUGCAGUUUACAAAUGUUGACUGAAAUGACUCUGCAGUUUACAAAUGUUGACUGAAAUGACAUUGCAGUUUACAAAUGUUGACUGAAAUGACUGUAGUUUACAAAUGUUGACUGAAAUGACUCUGCAGUUUACAAAUGUUGACUGAAAUGACUCUGCAGUUUACAAAUGCUGACAUCCCUGAUGCCCUCUUAUAAUCCCAUUAAAAAGUCGGUUGAUUGGGAUUCACUGUGACCUCAUGGCUUGACCCUGCAGGAAGCAAAGGUUAAAGGUCACCCCAGCUUAAUGUUGGUCACAUGAUCUCUUCAUGGGUUGUGACUAGAAAAAUCCUCUUUGACAUACUUGUCAGUGACUGUCACUUUUAAUGUGUUGAAAUGGCUUUAUAUUUGCCUAGGCUGUCUGACAAUAUUGACUGUUUGAAUGACAGCUGUUUUUUUUUUGAGUUGUUUAAUGUUUUUGGUCUUUGAAUAACAUUUCUAUAUUAGUUGUCUGACACUGUUUACUGUCUUUGAAUGACAGUUCUAUAUUAGUUGUCUGACAUUUGAAGGUUGGUUUAAAUAAUCUAAAAUUAUACAAACAUGUGUCUAAUAUUUUAGUUGCUGUUAGUUGUAUAGACAUGCAAUAGUUUGUCAGUGGUGUAUGCAAGUUGUUAAAUAGGCCUAAAUGUAAGCAUUUCACCCUAACACUAUCAGUCUGAAAUUUUCUCUUCUAAAAUUUUAAAUUAUUUGCCUCAAUUAGCCAAUUUAAAAAAAAAUUCCAAGCAAAAAGCAAUUAUUUGAUAAAAUAUUUUUUCCUUCAGAUUCUAACUAAUCUUGUAGUGUAACUUUAUUGUCAUUGAUGGGCUUUAAGAUCGGGGCUUUCUUUAUUACUAGAAAUGGAUUUGAGGCUUUUUUGUAAUGAUAGGCUUUCAUAAGAGGUGCUUUUAUUAUGUUGAAAUCAUGAUAUGCAAAUGUGUUGUGGAGUUAUCAAGAUGAACAAAAACCUCAUUAAAACUAUGCAAUUUCUUUUUGUUCACAUUUAAUAAUUCUGCUUUGUUAAAAAUUAAAUUUUGUAUUAUUUAUUAUAAUCAUCUCAAUCAGCAUUAAACUUACAAUUAAUUCA